CCCGAGUAUUGAUCAGUGCGGCAGGAGUCGGCAGUGAGGAAGAGGCCAGCCAGGAUGGCGGACAACAACACUCUCUACAGAAACAUUGCUGAGCGUGAUGACAGCUUCAAGAAGUAUUUAUGGAACUCUGAAAAGAAAGAGUUCCUGGGCCGCACGGGGACCUCAUGGAUUAAGAUUGGCGUGUUCUACGUAAUUUUCUACGCAUGCCUGGCUGGCUUCUUCGCCAUUAUGAUGGCGGUGUUCUACCAAACGUUAGACACCAACCAUCUUCCCAAGUACACCCCCGGUGGUGGAGGAUCCCUUCUUCGAAACCCAGCUAUGGGUUUCCGUCCACUGCCGCGUCAUGAAAACGUAGAAUCGACGUUAAUUUGGUACAAGAAUGGUGAUAAUGACAACAUUAAGCAUUGGGUAGACUCUCUUAACCGAUUCAUCAAGCCUUAUGAAGGGACAAGCGAUCAGAUCUCUGGCCAGCACAUAACAGACUGUUCUGAAGAUAACCCACCAAAGGAAGGAGAAGUAUGCAAGUUCCAGGACACUUGGCUUACUGAUAGAUGUCAGAAGGGAGAGAGCUGGGGCUAUAUGCGUGAAUCCCCCUGUAUUCUUCUGAAGCUCAAUAAGAUGAUCAAGUGGGUACCAGAAGUUUACGAGAAGCUGGAUGAAUUACCCGAUGCGAUGCCACAGUCGCUGAAAGAUCACAUUAAGACGAGCAUGGAAGAGAACCAGGGCAAAAUUCCGAGGAUGAUCUGGGUGUCGUGCGAGGGAGAGAAUCCUGCCGACCAGGAGUACAUAGGACCCAUCACUUACUCUCCCUGGCAAGGGUUCCCUGCCUACUACUUCCCCUACAUGCACAAUCCAGGCUACCUCUCGCCGAUAGUUGCAGUCCAGUUUAACGCUCCAGCUUCCUAUGUUCUCAUCAACAUAGAAUGUCGUGCAUGGGCCAAGAAUAUAAAGCACGAUCGACAGGAUCGUCUUGGUCUAGUCCACUUCGAGUUGAUGAAGGACUAGUAACUUCACUCCACCAGCCGGGGCUGGACUUUAAAUACCUACUCAAGGAACAGUGGUUUUUUUUUAUUAAAUUAUAAUUUGUGCUAUAUAAAGUUGUUGUAAAUUGUUAUUGUUGUGAAGGUGUAAAAUGGUGCAUUACUGUUCCUGCUCCUUGAGGCAACACUGGUAAUGUCGUAGUACUGAUGUACUGUAUCGUAAUUUCCGUUUUGUGACCAAACGGAGUGUAUUAAAAAUUUUCAAGAUUGUUAAUGGUUAUUAUUGUGUAAUUUUGUGUAACUGUAAUUAAUCCUGCUGUGUGCAGUACGUAGAGAACUUAACUACAGUAGUCCUGUUGCAAUUCCUUGGUUUGAUUUAAUGUAAAUAGUCUUUUAUGGAGAAAUUAUAUUUCGUGCAAUCGACCGAGCACCUGCUGCCCAGCGUGUCACUGAUGCAUACGUGGUCAUUUAGCUCGAUUCAUGACGUCAAGCCAAAACCUCGUAUAUACUUGGCAUGGCUGCUGAUUGUAUUACCUAGUUGCCUAAGUAGCAUCUGACUCGCUGGGUGGCAGAAUAACUUAAAAAAUAAAUUGGGGGUCCAUCUUGGAAAGUGGAUUUUAACAAAUUGUUCUGUUGAGCAAUAAAGAUUUUAACUCCA